CUUAGCAUUACCCACAAUCCUGCACACCUAUAGGGUCUGAGGAGCUGAACGACCUCUUUACAUGCAAACAAAUCAUUAAGCUGUUAAUUAUUCUUACAAUACAUCAAAUAUAAACGUAUUCGACACUGCUAUGACGACAGAUGGGUUAUAAACACAGCUAAGCUAACGUUGGCUAAUGUUAGCCGUACACACACACACACACACGCUGUCACCAUAACGGUAGGCCUGGUGUUAGCAUUAGCACGUUCAACUAGCCUCAGUCAGACGACAUGCAGAGGGAUUGUUCUACUUGACGUGUACCGUGCAAUUUCGACAUAUUAACUACACACAUAUAUCACCAAGACAUGGCUAAUGCGACAUAUCAUCACCUGGAAACAGAACGGUAUCACUCCAUACGGCGAGCUGCUCUCACAAACGACGAAAAUUAACUUUCAUUCAGUGUUGGGUUCACUGUUUUCUAAAGAUGGCGCGAGACGGACGUCAAUGUAUUUCAAGAGUCGUGCGACAGUGAACGCAGUCGGGCACGUAACUAUGAAGGAAAUGGAGAAUAGAUUGCCCUGAACUUCACUUGUCAGGUCCCCGAAGGAGCCUCUAACGUAACCUGCCUCCAAUCCGUAGUUUUGUGGGUGUGAUCUCAGCUGGCUGAGGUUACCUGUUGGUUUUUGACAUUGGGUUGCACGGUGCUCACUGUGUUGGUGCAAUGAAGACCCCAGUGCAUACUUAAAUUUUGAGCCGAUGUCUGCGGUGAUGUUUCGGGUCCGCUUUGUGAAUUCCUUCCUUCGGAGGCUCCUUAAUGGGGGGCCUGUGAACCGAGACCAGGUUCUGGAGCAGCUGCGGGUUUGCUCGGCUGAGGACCAGGUGUUUGAUGUGGUGGGCAAGAACAAAGCCAAGCUCACGGUGGACCAUGUCGGCAAGGCUGUUGGGAUGCUGUGGCAGUUCCAGAAAGAGAAGCCGCAGUUGCUCAGGACCGUGGAGCUCAUCAAGACCCACCCGCAGUUCUUGACUCUCCGGGUUUUGGCGGAGAACAAAAUUGCUCUGAUGGACGAUUUAAUGUUGGUCGACAUGCUUUACAGUUUCCUCAGGUUGAAUGUGGAUCAACAUGACUCCCUUGUUCAGCAGUUGGUUUCAGAAGCAUGGCUCAGAAUAGACAGAUUCCCACUGGCGUCGCUAUCCAAGUUCUCCAUCUGUUUAAGUGAUCAGCACCUCCAACACAGUCCUCUAAUGGGCCACAUCACCAGUAUUGUGGAUCAGAGGUUGUCUUCCAUUGAUGAUGCCAGGAUCCUAACUACGCUGAUGAUUAGCGUGUCGUCCCUGGUGUCUCCCCGGCUUCGGGAUGCCCUCAUUAGCAGGGCAGACCACCUCCUAGAAACCAUGGAUCCCUCAAAUUAUAACAACCCGCGGAGAGUGGUGCAAUUCCUGCGCAACAUCAAGCACAGUUACCGGCCUCUGCUGGAGAAGUGCAACGGGAUCAUCUUGAGCAACCUUCCCAGACUGGACGCAGAGAAUAUCAGCAUCAUCAUGGGGCUGUAUCAGUCCCUGCAGUUCAACAACUGUGACUUCAGGCUGGCCGUCAAACAACGACUGACAGAGCUGAUUGAUUCAAGCACCGAUCCCUUCUCCUUCACCAAACUUUUUGUCGCUCUGGCGCCGAUGGCCAGUCAGGAGAUCAAAGAUGGGAUGGAAAACACUGCCCUCUUGUUGGCGGACGAGCUCAGUGCAUAUCAGGCUCUGGCAGUAGCCGAAGCUCUAGAAGAGACUCAGAGCAGGAAUCUCAGCUUAUUGAACAAAAUUACAUCAGUGAUCCAAAGGAAUCUUCACGUCUACAAGCCGGUGGAGGUGGCCAGAAUCACGCAAGCCCUUUUUCUGAUGCAAUACCAGAACCCCGAACUCUUCACGAAACUACGGAAAAUUUUGGUCAACUUUUUGCAGCGCAGCGUCUACCCGUACGAAGUGACCAUGCUGACCCGUGUUCUGUCCAUGCUGCCCAGCCCGCGGCUUGACGAGGGCGUGAUCGCACGGGUGGAUUCGGUGGUGACCCAGUGCAACCUCAACGAACUCAACACCAUUUCUCAUGCCGUUGCCAAGUGGGUGCGUAACGAUCCUUCCUACCGCCACAACACUCCCAGCAAGUACGUCCGUCUGCUGCAGACCCUGAACCGCUGCGGGCACGAGAGGCUGCAAACGGCCGACCGGCUGGACUUGGUGCUGGAGGAGCUCAAGUACAGCUCGGGAGAGUGGUUUGAGGAAAUGCUGCUGGAAGAGACGAUGGUCACGCUGAAGAGGAUGAGGGACCAGAUAAACUGGACCAAUGUGCCUGAGUUGUCCCUCUUCUUAACCCGAAUAAAUCACCUCUGCCCUCCCCUGAUGGACCGCAUCGCCAGCGUGGCUAUUAAAGACAUUAACAAGAUUCACCACUCUGCAAUAUAUGCCACCCUGCUACCGUUCUCUGUCAUGAAUUAUGAUCCAGUACAAGCAGACGAGUUGUAUGAUGUUUGCAUUCAGCGCUUCAUUCCUCAUAUCAGCUCCUUUGACCCACAUCUGCUAGUUCUCCUGGCGUACACUUUGUCUGUGGCCGACUGUUUCCCAGAGGAACUCGUCAGAGAGAUCUUCAGCAUAGACUUUCUGGGAAAGCUGGAUGCCCAAUUAGAAACUCUACCAGAUGCCCUCAACAUGCGGACCAGACUGCGCCUCAUGGAGCUCAAUCGUGCCGUGUGUCUCGAGUGUCCUGAGUUCCAGGUGCCGUGGUUUCAUGAGCGCUACUGCCAGCAGUUGCAAAAGAAAGGGAAUGGCACUGUCAGUCCUGUGCAACAGCAAAUCCACAAAAUGCUGGGGGAAGUUCUCGGAGGUAUUGACUGUGUCCGAGUAGCAGUCGUUACUCCGUAUUUUUACACUGUUGACUUUGAAUGCACACUGGACAAACAGCUGCAGCCGCUGCCCUACAGCGAGCCCAGCACGCUGCAGAUCUCAGACAGAGGACAGGUUCACUGGGGGAAAAGCUCAGUGGAGAACAUCAGGGAUGUGCUGCCACCUGGAGCUCAGCGAGUUGCUGUGGACUUUCUUGAUUCAAAGUCCUUCUGCAAGAACUCUCCACACAUGAAAGGUGAAGCCCUGAUGAGAAAAAGACACCUUGAAAUCCUGGGAUACCGCGUGGUUCAGAUCCCUCACUUUGAAUGGAACUCUAUGGAGCUUUCGACACCAGAUGCCUGGAAGGAAUAUCUAAAGAAGAACAUAUUUAGGGAGCUCUCUUCUUGAAGGCCUUAUUUAUUGAACAAUGAAAGUAAUGUUGCAUUUGACACUGACUUUUUCUUUUUUGAAUUUUCCGACUGAACAGUUUUGAAAACAGUACGUUUCUAUAUAUCAAGUGCUCCUCUUACAUGAAUCUACCUCAUUCAUGUUAAGUGAGAUUGUGUAUUAUGUGCUUUUCUAUUGAAAUACAUAUUUUAAAUAAAAUGAACAUCGAACAUUAAUAGGGUAUUGUCAGUGUUGCUCAAACAACAGAAAAUGUACAUUUGUGACUAUCAUGCACUUUGCUUGCAAAUGAUAUGCUACGUCUUGGUGAGCAUUGUAGAGCAAGUAACACAUCUUUGGACAUUACUUUACUCAUACAACAACAAAAGCUUUGUCUUAAAAUGUUUAAGAUUAGAUUAUUCAUGAUUGUGCACACGGGUACAAUAUUUCUGGGCUUGAAUAAUGAGUGAGCCUGUAUGAGAUGAUGUGUUAAUACCGAUGUACCGAGGUACAUGUUAUUCACUGGAAAAGGAACAUUUCGAGAUUCACAGAAAAAAAAACAUGAAUUUCUUUGCCAUCCUUCAACAGUAAUAUACAUUUUAAUAAGUGAAAGUGAUGUUUUUUUAAUAGAUCAGAAUCAACAACUAGGCCUGGCCCAAAUGACAAGAAAAAAGCCAAUUAAAACCAUGAUACAUUUCAUUAAACCACUCACAGAACAGGCAAAGGUGACGUGUUAUGUUAAAAUGUUAAAUUACAACAACGAGCCACUAAAUAAGAUCAUGUACAUAAUAUUUUGCCUACAGCAGUAAAGCUAAAGUGCCUUGUCUGUCCCUGGACUGCUGUCACAGUUUGGGCAUUCGGGCUGCAUUCAGAUGCAUGGUCACACAGGAAGCACCGGCUGCAUAACGCAUCUCUUUGAUGAUACCAGUCCACUGUUUCUUGUCAUCUUCAUACCUGGGGAGACCGUGAAGACAUGUCAUUAUAAUACACCGUUGGGAGUACGAGGGGAGCUAUUGUAAAAGAAAGUGAACAAGAUGACAUUGUUUCCUACCACCUGUAUAGAUAUAAUGCAACAAAAGUAACACAUACUGCCAAAUGUCGAUGGUUUCAGUGGGUUCACACUCUUUGUCCUCGUUCUCCACCAUGGCAAAGCCUCCCAGAGUGUACAGCUGCCCUCCGCAGCUCACCAGGUUGACCGAGCUCCUCUCCUGGGGCAUCUCUGUGAAGGGUGACCACCUACAACAAGGGGCACUCAGCUGUAUUACUGU